GAUGGCAUCACCGAAUCUCGUCUCGUGCAUCAUCAAGACAAUUGAGAGGCUUGAAAGAUAGCAUUGUUACCGUUCAGUAGUCACUCGAAGCUGUACAGAACGCAAUCACCCUGACCUUCUCCACAACGACGACGACGAAGACGCCGACAUCCUUACGUCCAUCUAUGGUACGCCAUGAAAGGAGUCGAUCAUAAUUUUCGGGGACUCUAUGCCGUCGGAAGUUUAAAUUGCUAGGAAAUGCGCUGGGUUGCACCAAAAAAAGAGAUAAGCAAAGUCAGCAGCAAUCAACUUAAUUCCUUCCGCGAUAUGUACGCCUCGAUUUCAACCGUCCUCUAGUACCACCUCCUCUUCCUCCUUCCGUCAAUUUAGUCGCCAUGUAUGGUGCUGGGAAAUCCAGCUACGUCUGGUCUUAAGAAGAGACGAGAACCAGCGAUACAAAAGAGCAACAUACUGGAAGUUGGGGCAGAUUUGCCAACAUCCAUGAAAACCUGGAAUGGUAAUAUCUUGAUUAUGCAAACACUUGUGAGUCACUAAGGCAGAGAAUGACUUGUCGUGCGAUGAACGCAACUAGCCACAGGACAUUUCUUCGCAGAAUACUUGUAUGAGCCAGGAUUUCAUGUCCGCGGGCCUCAAUAUAUCUGAUAUUUUACGUGGCGCCUGGCGUUUUCUUCAACGAACUGGUCUCGUUCACUUAAUAGAUUCGAAGCAGCGCAAAUUGUGCUUAACAGGAACGUGCAUGGCAGGCAUCUUCGCCAAAACGAUCCUCGUAAGUCGACUGGUUAUUGCGCUUAGUGCAUAAGCGGAUGUGUUAGUGAAAACGUCGAAAAGAGCUUGGACAUGUAUGUGACCUCGCCUCAGCGUAGGUGCAUCUAUCGUGGACAUUGCGCUAUGAACAUCAGCCAGCAUUGCUUUCAGUGGCUAUUGCGCGGCUCGGCGACGAUACUAUCUGCCAUUCACACGCUUUUUGUGGUGAUUUUGCGUGGAGCGGACGAGUAGAACUUACUUCCUGCAGGGAUCAGAAACAUUAUUCUUUGAUGUGUAUUAUUCCAAGCAUAAGGGCCAGGCCGUUGUGAAAAACAUGCACGAUCUCUGGAUUGGCUUGUGUUUUCGCGCAGCACAGGUUUCCACCAAAGACUCUCGAAGCCAUCCAUCGGUGCCUAGGGUGGAUUAGCUCCGGCAAACCCGAUGAAGCGUACGUCAAACUCUGUGCUGAUUCACCUAAUGCGCCUCCGGAGGCGGUGGAAACCAACGAAUGCAGUAUUUGGACUCAGCGCACAUGGUUCACAGGCUUUCAGCGCUGUUGUGGAAGCACAGACUCGAAGCGGGGAAGUCAUGCUCAGCCUGGGUAGGUCGCCGGGGCUGCACCUGGCAGUCACCUAGACCGGCACAACAGAGGCGCGGAUAAAGCCACAACGACGUUCAAUAAUUACAGAAACAAGCUUGGAAAGUAGCUUGAGCUCUAAUAAAGCACACCUUCUGAAUUUCAAAGCGACUUACUUUCUGGUUGUCUUCCAGCUUUGCUACUGGAUUUUGGCUUUGUCUGAGGAACAGAGACACCACCGAUGGGUGCUGCCUUAGUCAGGCAUCAAUGAAAAGCACCUCUCGACCAAUUUCUUUGCAACAACCUCCCACCCACUCAACACACUGCCGCAUCACAAACGCGACAAUCCCAUCAACUUCAUUGUGUUAACCACUUCUCGUUUACUUCCCCUAUCGCGAGCAGUCGCCCGAGCGCUAGUACGACCUGUGUUGACUUCGCCCUCUGACGCAACCGUCGUGACGCGUCCACGCCUUGCGUGAUAUCCAUAUAACCACCUUGCACACAACUCUUCUCACCAACGCAAUGGCUGAUGUCGCGUCUGCACCCACGCCAGCAACUAAUGAGCCUGCUGAACAACCUAGCGCAUCUUCGACCACAGACGCGUCCGCUACCGCGCCUCCGGCCGUGACCUCCGACGCACCAGCGACAGGUGAUGAGCCAGGAAAGAAGGCGACAGAGGAUAGCGCUGUUCCCCCUACCAAUGGUGCAGCAUCAUCCAAGAAGGACAAGCGCAAGUCCACAGGCACUUUACCAGAGAGCAAAGGCAAAAAACUCAACCGUAAACAAUCUAAGAUCGACCUAAAUCUCGAUGUCCAACCCGGCGAGCUUUGGCUUGCUGUCAUGAAAGGCUAUAAGAAUUGGCCGUGUAUUAUUUGCGACGAAGAUAUGCUCCCGGAGACUCUCCUGAGCAAGCGUCCCGUAAGUGCUAUGCGUCCUGAUGGCUCAUACCGUGAGGAUUUCCUUCCCGGUGGAAAAAACGCUCGUGACCGUCGAUAUCCGAUCAUGUUCCUGGGCACGAACGAGUUCUCCUGGCAUGUCAACACUGAUCUGCGCCCGUUCAGUGUCGAGGAGGCCAAGAAGAUCAUAGAAGAGCACAGCAAGAAACCACUGCAGCCGAAAUCUCUAUGGGCCGCGUAUCAAGUCGCAGCUGAGGGCCACGACCUUGCUUACUUCAAGGAUAUGCUAGCCGAAGCCGAAAGGUUAUUAGCUGCUGAACAGGAGGCUGCCGCCGAAGAGGAGCGUCUGCGCGAGGAGGCUGCCGCUAAAAAGGCUGCGGAAGACGUAGAAAUGGCCGAUGCGGAAGCCGAAGCCGAAUCGAAGGGCAAGAAGGAAAAGAAACGCAAAGCUCCGAAGGACGACGAGAUAGAUGCCGAUGGCAAGCCAUUAAAAACACCAAAAAAGCUGAAGAUUAAACCACCUCAAGAGAAGGAGACACCAGCUGAUAGCGCAACUAAGACAAAGAAGCAAAAGAAGAAGGAUGGCAAGACAGUCGAGUCGCCAAAGCCAGCCGCACAGGAGACUCCAGAAGAGGCACAUGAGAAAAUGCAGAAGACAAUACUGUUUCUUCGCCAUAGAUUGCAAAAAGGCUUCCUUUCGCGUGACAAGCCGCCAGAGGAGAGUGAGAUGCCAGGUAUGCAUGGGCAUAUGAAGACGCUCGAGAAUUACAGAGAUCUUGACGGCUCCAUCAUAAAAACUACCAAGAUCAACAAGGUUCUCAAAGCAAUCAUCAAGCUUGCAACUAUUCCACGCGAGCACGAGUUUCAGUUCAAGAAGCGCGCGCAAGACAUCCUGGCUAGCUGGGGCAAGCAAUUGGAGGAUACCACAGGCACACCUGUGCCACCUGCAACGAACGGUGUCAAAGACGAUGGGAAGGAACAGGUUGAGGAGCAUAAGCCUACGGAGUCACCAGAGCAAUCUUCAGCUGUGGACGAGUCAAAGAAAGAGGGGACACCAGAAGGUCCAGAGACAAAAUCAGCAGAGCCAGUGGCGCAAGUGGAGCAGGCAGCAGCUUAGGCGUCAAAGCUCUUUCCUUGCCUUCAUCUUUGCGCCCGGCUUCGCAAGAGCAGCUACUUGGAGCUGCUUUCGUACCUCAUAUCUUCUCGAUCUUGGAACAGUAUCUAGUUAACAAGUGCUAGGGAUCAUAUUUCCCAUCUCGCAUUCGGAGUUGUACAUUUUUGCAGCUUAUUUUGCUGCAGGGGGCUUUUCAUAGCUAUCCUUCACAUCUAGGUUCUUUCAGGUCCUGUGCAUUUUGGGGCCAUUUAGGAGGCCGGUACUUCGUUCGCGAACUUGUCCGUGGGGCUACAUUAGCUAGCAAGUUUGGCGUUGGAAAGGAAAAGGGCCGCAUGUGCACAAAGGGUUUGCUUUGGAGGCAAUGCGAGAGCCCACAAUCUCAACCCAAUGGGGUACGAUCAUUGUAUGUGCUCGUGGAUAAAUCAACAGGCCUAGGUUCAUGACAAGCGAAUUGCUUCUUACCUU